AGUGUGACGAACCUCAGGAGAUGUUUCCCUGGCUACCCGAGCCCAAAUCUUUCUGUCUCUGAAGUGUGACCUCGACCACUCUCCAAUUGGCUUUCAGCGCCUCUCUCGGCAUAUCUGCACACUCGCCGCGGCAGUGCACACCGACACCUGGACGCCAUGACUGCAAGCGAACCCCGGGGACACUGGGUGCUGAGGUCGCACUGCGAGUGCCUGGUGUUCCCGAGCCCGCACGCCAGCCUCGCCCUGCCGACCAGACACGGCCGCCUGCAGUGGCACCUGCGCGGGGUGUCCGGGCGACAUGGGGACGGCUACCAGAGGCAGGUCGCGGCGGCCCUGCUGACCACCGUGCGCGCCUGGACCGCCCGAGGCGCCUGCUUCUCCCGCCUCGUGCUCGACGACCUGCUGGUCAAGGCUGGCCACUUGGCGCCGGCGAGCCGGUCAGCGCUAGUCCGCGGGCUGGAGCAGGUGCUCAGGUUCCAAUAUGGGCUGACCGCCGUGUCUCUGGAGAACUGCAGGCUGGACCGCGGCGAGGGCACGCGACUGCUGCGCGCUCUGGCGGUCAGCUCGGCACACACGCUGCAGCAGCUCCACCUGCAGGGGGCCUUCGCCGCCGGCCAGAACCCUCUGCUCGAGGACUCCACGCCGGAGCCGUUCAGAGGUGCCCCGGCAUUCCGCUCGAAGAUGGCGUGCCGCGGGGACUACGAGCAGGCCCUGAGUGCCUUCUCGGCACUGCGCUUCCUCGCCCUGGACCACGGGCAGCUGAGCUCCGAGGUGCUGGUGUGGCUGGUGUCCAGGCGGCCCGCCAGCCUGAGCUUCCUCCAGCUGCUGUGCCUGGAGCGCGAGCUGGAGUCCCCCGCCGUGCCGGACGGCGUCUGGAGGCUGGCGGCGGCCCUGCAGCCGCAGCUCUCGGUCUGCAUCGUCAUCGAGGGCGUGGCCGAGGACAAGAGGACGAAGCGGUUCCUGAGUCCGUUCAUGCCGCUGCGCCACUUCAGCGUCUCGUCAGGGCUCCAGGCAUGGCGGCGCGCGCCCUGGGACUUCCACGUGACCCUGCGCAGGCUCGCUCACACGCACGGCCGCCAACUAGAGAGCAUCUACAUCCACCUGCACCGCAGCAGGGAGGACCUGGACUCCAUGUUGGCCGAGAUGUUCGACUUGUUCCCGCGGCUGGAGAGCCUGGAGUUCACUGGCCUCGUCCAGGACACGCGGACCAUAGAGGGCAUUUGCAGCAUUCUGGCGACCGCUCCACGCUGUGCGCGCCACCUGAGGAUCCGUGCACAGGAGUCCUCCACGGGGGACCGCCGGCGGAUGCGGGAGAUCAUCGCCAGCCUCCAGGAGGAGUACCAGGAGCGUCUGGAGCAGGUCGGCGUGGUCCUUGACCUCGCCACGUACAGGGCAUAGUUCACCGCACCCGCUGUGACGGGCACAGUUCAAACCCCCAGUGUUGUUACUGCUACGUCACCCAAACAGCAUUAAAACUAUCAUCGUCAGAGGAAAAAUAAAUCAGUGUGUGAAUUUAUAAUAAACGACUAACACACAUA